CCGCCCCUGGGACCCGGCACCAACCCCACCCCGUAUCUGUGCGGCGCCUGUUGGCCUGGUCAGCGCAGCGAGGCUGGGCUUGCGCGCGCCGCAGCUUCGGAGGUCGAGCUGGGCUGAGAUUGCCGGCCCGCAGAGGCCGGCGGGGACGCGGUCGGGGCUAUGCUGGGCAAGGAUUACAUGCUGGCCAUCAUUCUGGUCAACUGUGAUGGUGUGCACGGGGUCCCGAUGGGAGGAUCGGGAGCUGAGGGGUAACGAGGGAGUUGACGGGGUAUGUUUCGGGGUGAGGACCACGGGACAAAUGAAUCCUGGAUUUUUGUGCUGCAAAAGACCUCCUGUACCUCCAGCCUAAGGAUUGCCACCUUUGAGAUGGAAGGAGGGUUCUGACCGUGUUAUUCUGAAUCCACUAAUAUGCCUUUCCAAUCCCGUGUUUCCUCUCCCCGUUUGGUGUCUUGUAGAUGACUUGUGGGGGGACCAGAAUCUUGAGGGAGAGCCAGGCCUGCCCCCUGGCUGGAGGAAGAUACGCGAUGCUGCAGGUACUUACUAUUGGCACGUACCCAGUGGCAGCACCCAGUGGCAGCGCCCAACCUGGGAGACAGGAGAUGCAGAGGACCUAGGCACGGAACUCUUUGUCCUGGUACGGUGAGGAAUCCUACAUCCAGAGCAUGGAGCCAGGAGCUAAGUGCUUUGCAGUCCGCUCCCUGGGUUGGGUAGAAGUACCCGAAGAGGAUCUGGUACCAGGGAAGAGCAGUAUUGCAGUCAAUAACUGCAUCCAGCAACUGGCCCAGACUCACAGCCGUAGCCGCAGCCAGCCCCCAGAUGGUGCCUGGGGUGAGGGCCAGAACAUGCUGAUGAUCCUGAAGAAGGAUGCCAUGAGCCUGGUGAAUCCUCUGGACCAUAGUCUGAUACACUGCCAGCCUCUGGUGCACAUCCGUGUGUGGGGUGUGGGCAGCUCCAAGGGCCGGGACUUCGCUUUUGUGGCUGGUGACAAAGACAGUUGUAUGCUCAAGUGCCAUGUGUUUCGCUGUGACGUCCCUGCCAAGGCCAUUGCCAGUGCCCUGCAUGGGCUCUGUGCCCAGAUCUUGUCAGAGCGAGUAGGUGUCAGUGAGGAUUCUCCUUGCUCCCUAGACCCCAUCUCCCCUGAGGACCUGCCACGGCAAGUGGAGCUGCUGGAUGCGGUGAGCCAGGCUGCUCAGAAGUAUGAGGCACUGUACAUGGGGACCCUGCCAGUCACCAAAGCCAUGGGCAUGGAUGUGCUGAAUGAGGCCAUUGGUACUCUCACCAACCGGGGGGACCAGGAUGCCUGGGUCCCUGCCAUCCUCAGCGUGUCUGACUCUCUCAUGACUGCACAUCCCAUUCAGGCCUGGUGUGGGCAGGCAGAAGCUGGUGCAGAGGAGGAACCACUAUGGCAAUGCCCUGUGCGCCUUGUGACCUUUAUUGGUGUUGGCCGUGACCCACACACCUUUGGCCUCAUCGCUGACCUGGGCCAUCAGAGCUUUCAGUGUGCAGCCUUCUGGUGCCAGCCCCAUGCAGGGGGGCUUUCCGAAGCUGUGCAGGCUGCUUGCAUGGAGGCAGUCUGCUCCCGUGAAAGCUGGAGAGGAGUCAGCAUAAUGGUUCAGUACCAGAAGUGUCUUGUGGCCUCUGCAGCUCGAGGCAAGGCCUGGGGUGCCCAGGCCCGGGCCCGCCUGCGGCUCAAGCGGACCAGCUCCGUGGACUCCCCAGGAGGUCCCCUGCCCCUCCCCCUGCUCAAAGGAGGGGUUGGGGGUGCAGGGGCAGCCCCUCGAAAACGGGGUGUCUUCUCUUUUCUUGAUGCCUUCCGUCUGAAACCCUCUCUGCUCCAUAUGCCCUAAGUGAAUCCAGGAGGACUGGGUAAGGAGGCUCUGGGUCCAUGCCCAGCUCUAUACCCCUUAAUUUUCCAGGGGCCUGUAGCCUCUCUUUCCUUGAAACCUUGUCUGCCUGCCCUCUGGCUCUUGCCCACCCUCUGUUUAUUGCCCAAUUUAUUGAAUAUUUAUAGGGAUGAUUGAGAGGCCCUGCACCACAACCUAGGCCCCUGGCUGUCCUUUCCUUGGGUCCCUGUGUUCCUUGCCCCUGUCCAGCCCUGGACAAUUGGCUCUACCUCAGCAACACUUUAUAGCAAAAUCAAUACAAAUAAAAAUCCCUCAGUGACCUCA